AUGGUGUCGUUCCAGACCUCUGCCGACAGCCCCGCGGGUACGCCGGGCAGCCAACCAACACAGCCUCCCCCGCCACACCCCCAGUCGACACAGUCGCACGACGACGACGCCGCGAACCCGUGGGCGAGCACGAACUCGAACCAACACACUCACAACAACAGCGUCGACGGUACAAUGCAUCGAAAGCCGGUCCCGAAUGCCCUCCAGCCAGGUCUUGGCAGUGCCCCGAGGCCUCCCAUCCCACAGAUGCAGUACCAGGACACGGGUGCUACCACGGGCAGCAGCGCAGAGGCAAAGACGGAAGACAACAGCGGCAAAAGCUCCACGGAACCAAUCAAUCGGGUACCCAGUAUCCUGCGCCCAGGCGGCAAGUCUCCCAGCCUGAACCCGUUCCGCAAUAAAGAGGGCGGCAGCGCUGCAUCCCAGGUGCCGACAGAGGCCAUGUCCAAGAUGCACCUAGAGUCAGCCUCGACCAACCCCUGGGGAUCCGCUCUGCCCACGCAGCAUUCCGGGAUCUCGGCGUCAGAAGGGACCCGAACCCAGCAGGUGUCACCACCCGUGAUGCCGCCCGAGUUCCAGCAGGAUCCGUGGGGCAAGCACGACGCCGUGGAGCUGGACGCGACAUCGUACGCCCAUCCUCCGAAACCACUAAGCGUGCCGACGCCCGAAGAGCAGUCGGUCUGGGGCGGCGAGUCGCAGAAUAUGAGUAAGAGCCAGGCCGACUCGCAGAGCACCCUGGUGAAGCCGGCAGACGAGUUCUCGCAAAUCUUUGACGAUCAGCACGCCUGGGACGAUUUGGGUCGCACCCCAAAGAUGAAGCGGAGUGGAACAAACAAGACGGCCGGUGAAGACUCGGACCAGGAUGACUGGAACAUGAUUGACUCGGAAACAUCGUCUCUUGCCGGUGACGCUAAUGGCGCACGCAAGACUGAGGCUGAGGCCAAGAGACCACCGAUACCUGCUAUGGGAGCACGACCAGCUGGCGUCGCGAGCGCAGCGGCAGUUUCGAAAACAAAUACACCUGUGACUCUAGCGGGGCCGCGCCCAUCGACUCCUUAUGGUGAUGCGCCGGCCACUCCUUGGGACGAUCCCCAGCCUGAGAGCGGCAGAUGGACAAGGGCAGAAAAGACGACCGAAGUCGAGGGCCAAACGAAAGAAGAGGCUCCAGGAAAGCCGCCAGCUACCACGGUGCUAGAAUCGCAAAACGAACCCAAGAUAGGCGGACCCCUUAUCGAGCCUAUUGGCUACGAGCCACCACCACAAUCUUCUCAAGCGCAACACCCGCCGCAAACCGCAGGCUUAUUACCGCAGCAGGAAGAGGAGCCGCCUGCGCUGCCGCCGCGGCAAGCUGAGUCAGUGCCAAGAUGGUCUGCCACUCGUCAACCUGUAGAUGGCACGACCGAGAGCUAUCAGAUCAAGAAAAUCCGCUGGAACGACCCUGACUCAAACAAGAAUCCGCGCGUUUCUCCCAUCUUGGUCCAGAACGAAAACGGCCCUUGUCCUCUCGUCGCGCUGGUGAAUGCGCUGAGUCUGACUACGCCAGCGGAUACGUCCGGAACCACACUCGUGCAGGUUCUCUGCUCGCGAGAACGGAUCAGCUUGAAUUUAAUACUGGAUGCGGUAUUUGACGAGCUCAUGUCGCCGCGACGGACCUCGUCUGAAGACGCGCUCCCUGAUAUCAGCGAGCUGUACGAGUUCCUGCAGAGCUUACACACUGGCAUGAAUGUCAACCCGCGUUUCGUCCCGACGGAGCAAAUGGUCAGGGCUUAUAAGAGAAGCUCACUGACCCAUCUGCACCCCACCGAACGAGACGCCCUGAUGCCAGGCACAUUUGAAAAUAGCCUGGAGAUGAAGCUCUACGCGACAUUCUCGAUUCCGCUCAUCCAUGGCUGGCUUCCCGCCAAGUCGGAUCCAGCGUAUGGUGCGUUUGAGCGCCAAGCGGCAUCGUACGAAGACGCCCAGAAUCUACUCUUUCGGGAAGAGGAGCUGGAGGCCAAGCUCUCAGAUGCAGAGGGCGGCUUGUCUGGGCCGGAGCUUCAGCUGUACCAAGACGUCAUGGCCAUCAAAACCUUUAUGAGCGAAUCUGCCACCCAGCUCACCCCGUGGGGCAUUGAAGUGAUAAGCAGAGCGAUUCGGCCUGGAACGUUUGCCAUUCUCUUCCGCAAUGAUCAUUUCAGCACCCUCUUCUGCCACCCGUUCACGAUGCAGCUGCUGACGCUGGUGACGGACGCGGGAUACAGCAGCCAUGAAGAGGUGGUCUGGGAGAGCUUGGAGGAUGUCAAUGGCGAAAUGUCCGCGCUGUACUCAGGCGACUUUAGACCUGCAGGCUCGCCGAACCCGGCUGGGCCCAGCUCAGAACCUAGCCAGUCAAAUGACUCUGGCGGCGAGUGGAGUAGAGUGCAGAACCGCCGCGGCAAGGAUCGUCAAGAAGAAUCAGACAUGGACAUGCCCAUGUCCCCUGGUGCCGACCAUGAGCAAGAGGAUCGCGACCUGGCGCUCGCGCUACAGUUACAAGAAGAAGAGGAGCAAAAGCAACGCGAAGAACAGGAGCGCCGUCGCCAGGAGAGCCGUCUCUCGGAGCAGUUCAUCGAGCAGCAGGGCCGCCAGCCACCUCAGCCCGUGGCCCGCGACCCGCGUCGGCGCACCAGUGGCAGCGGUCCAACAUCACCAGGACGCGCCUCCUCUAGUAAUGUCAGUGUGACCGUGUCCAACCCCGGUGGCGGUCGCCGCAGCAGCGAGGUGCCGCCACCGCCGCAGCCCCCUCGGCCGCAGACGCAAAAUGUGCAGUCCUUGAUUCCUCCUGCGACGACGGGCCUGCGACCCGCUGGCCGGCCAGCCGUCAACAGACCCGCGGAGUCGGGCGAGGAGGCUCCGCCGUCGUAUGAGGCGGCGCAGCACGACAGACGCUACGUGCCGGGGCAAGGUGGUCCGCCAGCAGGUGGUGGUAACGGCGGCGGCGGCAUGAUGUCGGGAGGGCCGCCGGUGCGGCCGGGCGUCCAUACUGGAAACGUGGUAUUUCAGCGGCCAUCCAGACCACCAGGAGUUCGUAUGAGCCAAGGCCCGGGGAGGGACAGAGGUGACUGUGUGGUCAUGUAA